AUGGGGCAAACGCUCAGCAGGUUUAGAUCAGAAAGAGAGGAAAAAGCCCGUCGGAAAAGGUAAGUUUUCACUCACUCUGUAUCAAUGAAAAUGAGCUGGAUUCUGAUUGGACGGAUUGGUGGGGCAAGUGAUUGGUUUGAAAACUUUUUGAAUUGAAUCGUUUCUUCUCAAGUGGCUUUUUUGGCCGGAAUACUUUGUCGCAGAGAUAAGAUUUGCGCCGAAAAAGUUUUCGGAAAAUCCGGUCGGAAAAUAAAUGGGUCGUUCUAGCGGAAAAUUUCCGGGAGCAACGGAAGAUACCAGUAGGUUAUUCCCAUUUUAUUGCUUAGAGGAAUCUGAUACCCAAUUCUUCGUUUCCAUAUUUUUACUGUUAACUAUUAUAUGCAAAUUCAUGUACAUGUAAUAUUCAUCUUUUUAUUCACCUUUUUUUAUAUACUGAAAGGCCCGGUUCAGACGCCGUACUUUUCAUGAGCCGAAUCUGAUACAUUGAAUUAAUUACAUAAAAAGUUCGGCGUCUGAAUUGAUUAGGAACGCCUGUUUCAAUUUGGAGCGGCUCAGCCGUUCUUUUUGCCGAGCCGGGCCGGGAAUUUCGCCUUUGGAUCCUUUUUGGAACGCCUUUGAUUCAGAUGCCGAACUUUCCAUGUACCGAACCCUUCAAUUUGUAUUGAAAUUUGUAUUGAAUUUCCAUUUGCUAUAUUUAUAAUUUGUUUGUAAUUUCAACUCACCUCGGUCGUUUCUCGUUAUUUCACGCCUUGUGACGUUGUUUCAGGGCCAAAGUCGCUUGUCGAAAUUUUACUGUAACAGGGCUUCUCCAGUCGGUUCGCAAAUAAGUGGCAUUGCGGCAACUUCGAUUUUGUUUUUGUUUGUUUGUUUAUUUGUUCUUUCAUGUUGCUGUUAUCGCUAGUUAGUGUAAAUCGCCUUCAACCCUUUCUGCCUCCAGUAACAGAGCAAUGGAGAACUUAAGCAGCGACGACAGCGAAGUCAUGAGCGAACAACAAAAAAGCAAAAUAACAUCAUGAGACCUGCUCAAGCCGCUUCUUGGGCAAAGUAAACCGAAAACUUUAAUUUUAGGGGGAGCCGUUGAGAGAAUGUAUAUGAGAACCGCUAAAAUAGGCUCCUUGCAGCUAGCCAUUCACGUGGUACAAAACUGCCGUGCUGAAGAGCAAAAGUCGCACUGGGACAAGACAAACAAAGAAAAUUACCAUUUCAAAUUAUGUAUGUCUUUUGUUUGUCUUGUUCCGGUGCGACUUUUGCUCUCCAACGUGGCGGUUUUGUACCACGUGAAUCGCUAGCUGCAAAGGGCCUAUAGAGUACUAAAGUGAUGACGUCAUAAAAAUGAAAUUUCUGAAAUUAUGGGAUUUGUCAAGAUAUUCUGAAAGAACAAUGUCCAAGAGGCCUACUUGCCAAAAAUGAGCAUUUUGGGGCAAAUUGUCUCCGAGAUCGUAGCCCAGUUAUACUCAGAAAACUCCAUACAAACCCAUCUAAUUUUUUUUGGGGUCGACCCAAAAAAAAUUUAGAAAGGGUUUGUAUGGAGUUUUGUAAGCAUAACUGGGCUACGAUCUCAGCGACAAUUUGCCCCCAAAUGCUCAUUUUUGGCAAGUAGGCCUCUUGGACAUUGUUCUUUCAGAAUAUCCUGACAAAUGCCAUAAUUUCGGAAAUUUCAUUUUUAUGACGUCACACUUUAGUACUCUAUUGGGCCUGAUAUCAAGUUAAAGCAAAAUGUUUUGAUUGGCAAAACGACACGAGUCGCACGUGCAUCACCCUUUUUUGUACAUUUCUUUAAUUGCCGUCACUGCACGACUACGACGUGAAAAUGUAUAAUUUCACGUAAUUUGGAGAACAUGGACACAAGACAACGACUAUCUUUUUCUUUUCCUCAACUUCGAUACAGUCUUUUAGAAUCAACUCCAUAAAAAAUUGCCAAGAUUUGACGAAUUGAAUGAGAUUAAAUAAACGCGAUAAAACGGAUAAAGUUUGAUGCAGUGCGACUUCUUUUUUUCAGUGACGGUUUCGUAGACGUCACCGUCCUCGUUGCCUAUAAGUUCCCGAAUGUUCAGCCGAAAGUUUCUCCUCACAGAAUCUGUUUGACUUCUUGAUCAACAGAAGGCUGAUCAUUCGCCUAGAUGAAGCACAGGAAUACAUCGAGUGUCUUCAGGAACGAUUCCAGCAGAUGGAGAAAGAGUAAGUUUUCUAACUUGUUUAUUAAAGCGAGUUAAAAUUAGGCUGAAUUCUUCCUGGAAUUCUUUGUAACGUAGCAUAGUUAUAUUAUCGUUAAGCUUAACUCUGAUCUCGUUUAAGUCUGCAAAUGGCAUGUAGAGAAUAAACUUCAAAUGCACCCCUCUCAUCAAAUUAUUUUAAUUUAUUGGCCCCUUCUACAGUCUGAAUAAUGGGACAAGUGAGAAACCCAUCAUUCGCCACUUCCGCAUUUCCCAAAAUGCACCUUGUUUGCUCCCCAACCUUUUGGAUAAGCUUUAUAGAGAGAUUACAAGUCACGUUUACGGCGAACUGCAAACGUCAGAUUCAAGUUGAGUAUUUUUCGAAACAGAAAAUAAGCAGACAAAAACUGUCUAGUUUAAUUUUUAUGGAUAAAACUGGCGCGAAACUACUUAUUUUCGAGUAGAAGUAAUAAAAAGUAAACGACAAACUUGGUCGAUCACGUGGUACAAAUUCACGUUUGCCGUCUAGCACAAACGUGAAACUUAGUCUCUCGAGCUCUAUUGUUUUCAGCUUCUCUUGGGACGGCUGUAAUACCCACAAGAAAUUAAAAACAAAUGUUAUGUAAAGUUUUAGGCGGCGAACAAGGUGUAUUACGGGAGAUGUGCCAAUAGCGAAUGCUAAAUAAUGACCACUGCACAUAAAUACCUAGGAGUUCAGACAGAUAGAUGAAAAACUUAGCUGGGAUUUUCAUGUCAUGUGUAAGAGGCUCGCAGAAUAACAGAAAAUUUAUAACUCACGAACAGGAACGUCCUAUAGGUUUCCUUUCAGUUUAACUCAUCGUGUCGGAAGAACAGCUGUGACAGGUGAGGAAAGAAGAGCCAUAGAGGGAAAACAACAUGCUAGGGAUGAAAGAUAUACUGAAACACUACGCAGAGAUUUAAGGUAGAAAAUUGAUUCUAUAAUGUAAUACAGGGCAAAACAAAUUUAUAAGCGAGGGUAAACAACCACUACAAUAAAAACGGUUGCGCUCUUUCAAAAUUUAUUGCAUUUAUUUAGCUUCUUUCAAUUUGCCAAAUGUACUUGAACAUUUAUCUUUAGUUGAAUUGUUUUAAAAGGACUCUAUCUAGCUAUCUGAAUUCACAAAUAGAAAGGAGAUUUUUUGGCUGGGGGGUAAUCAACAAAGUUUUAUAAGGAGUCGAGAUCCAACACCUUACCCUUUUAUAUACCAUUUUUGACCGAAAGUACCCAUUUCGUAUACCUUUAUUGAUCAUGACAAAUAGUAACUAUGUAAAAAAGUCAUCAUUUGACCUAGUUCAUGUUACAAAUCAGUUCAUUAAUUAGACGUCUCCUAAAAACUUAGUAUUUAUGACUUCACUUAAGUCUUUGCUUAAAUUAUUCCAUACUUAUACAUCACAGUAAUAAAAAGCGCGUUGGCCAGCAUUGAUUCUACAAGGUGGAAUAUUGAGGCUCAGGUUCUAUAUCUUGUCUGUCAGUGGCGGAUCUAGGGGGAGGAUACAGGGGGUGCGCACCCCCCCCCCCCCCCCCCCCGAGCCGCGCGGUUUUUUUAUAAACGUUUUUUUUCCAAAAAAAAAAAAAAUGGUUUUUUUUUGUUUGUUGGAGGAGAAGAAAGGGGAGCACCCCCUCCCAAAAAAACAACAGACGCCCCCCCCCGUCUCUUUUCAUGCAUAACAUUCUUAUAAACAGACCACGUAACUAUACAUUUUUUAUAUUAACCGAAUAAUGACCUGUUAUUAUUACUCUCCUUUAUUAUACAUGUAUAAGAAUAGCGUUAUCCAGAUAUCAGUCUUAAUGGUGGUAUACGGAGGCGUAAGUUCAACAACUUGUCAGCCAAUUGUUGGGCUAGUGGGAGGUAGCAUUUGGGGGGCAAAUCCCCCCUCCCCUGAGAUGACCUGCGGUUUUCUAAUACAACUGGUAUUCUGCAAAAAAAAAAAUUGUGGUUUAUUGGUGUUGAAGUAGGGCAAGAGACGAGUGCACCCCCUCCUAAAAAAAACCCUGGAUCCGCCCCUGUCUGUCUAUCAUGGACAAUAGCUUGAGUUGAAAAUUUAUUUGACUUUUGACUGCUGUAACUGCACUCUUUAGUUUACAUAUGAAUGAAUCACAAAACCGGGAAAUGUUUCGACUUUUUCAUUGCUAUAAAAGCCUUCUGUUAACCCUUUUCGGUCCUUUUACAAACCAAAGUGACAGAUAUGAUUUGUCUACAUUUUCAUUUACUUCAACUAGUUAAAUACCUACCCUUUAAUAUAGCUAAAGCGUAAAAAUGGUACCGCUUUCGGGCGGAACCUCCCCUUAUAGGCCAUUAUAGGCUUGACCCCCCGGAUUUGUUGUGGUGUGUUCACGUUCUCCAUGUAUUAGGAAGUUUCACUCUAUAAUCGUCCAGUGGACGUCAAUGAAACUGUAUCAAAAAAUAUGAUGCAAGUGCAGAGCUCUUGCUUUUUUUUCUUCAUGAGAAAGAAUUCUUUUUUAUUAUUAUUUUUUUCACAUGUUUCACAUGUUCUAGGAAAUAUAGAGUCCUCCCAGGAGCAUUUGAAAACAAUAGCUUAUACAAAAUCUGGGGGGCAAACAGAGUGUAUCAUGGGGGAUUCGAAAAUAGAGAACUGAUUAUUGUUAUUGUUGUAACCUCCAAUAAGCUCUUCCUCUUAUAGACACGCUUUGGUUGCCUCUCCCUUUCACUAGGGUCCUUAUCAUCAUCAUCAUCAUCAUCAUCAUCAUCGUCAUCAUCAUCAUCAUCAUCACUAUCAUCAUCAUGAAAAAAGUGAAUGCAAACGAAGGGUGAGACCUACAGCACUUUUAAAGCCUGCUCUGACAGAAAUGAGAAUUGAAAGAAGCUUGAAUUUAUUUAGCUUGCCUGUGUAACUGACGGUGGUUUAGACAGGCUUCAUUCCGCGGGUGCUCUGCAAAGCAGCGAGGAAAAUGGGGCUGGAUGAGUCGCCAAACAGCACUCUUACACGCUUAUCCCGCCAACAUACAAAAAGAGUUCUUUUACCCGGCUAAAUAAAAAUGACUUUAGUACUUUUUUUUUCACAGCGAUCUUGAAAGGAGGAAGAAUGAAAUUCAACGAAAAAGUUCCGAAGAACGACGUAAGCUAGAAAAGUUAAAAGACUUAAAGCAAAAAGUUUUAAUGAAUCAGCUCCUACAGCGGAUCCAGCUGCUUCCGAAGAAACAACCGCUGGACACCAAGACUGUUUGCUCACUUCCUGAUGUUCGCUUCGCAAGUUGCGCUUUUAGUGAUGUGACACCUUAAAAUAAACAAACAGUUAUAAAUAAUUAUUUACUUAUUAUCUACCUUGCAAACAGAAUUACUAACUUUUUGCGAGAGCAAAGAAUACGUUUUCUUUUCUGAUUCAUUAUUAAACGUGAACAAGUGAAGAGCAAUUUUUGUUUUGUUCAAGUUUCUUUAAAAUCCUGAGUUAAGAUGUAGUACCUGUAAACACUUGUCUUGAUGUCUUCAUUUUCGUAGUGGAAAGCAAAACAAAUAAGCCUCUUCUAGGAAACCUUCAACGUCAGCCUCGUUCCCAGUCGUCCUCGGCGAUUUCGGAUGUGACGUCACCUGUCAAGCUUAUCGGGAAAGUUCGCCGAGGACGCCUCGCGCUAUCGCACUCGGUUCCAAGCUUCCUCUGGUAA